UCCCAUCUUUCCCCUCCCUCUUGUAAUCAUCCAACAACAACUACUUUCUCUCUUGCUUUCUGAACUCCUCACUGCAUAGCGGACCACCAGAGAUGAGAACGACAUCUCCUGCCUUUAUUUCCUUCUUACUACGAACUUUAUAGACAGCUCUUCUUGGCUCUUCCUCCUAUUACUCCUCCUCCCCCCACCACCUGAGAACGACGACGAUCGACCCCAAUGCCCUGGCCCGGUUUCUUCUCCAGCUGCGACGACACCGCCUGCAAACCAGUCAACCCCCACGCCCCGUCCCCCCUCAGCCUCGCCUUCUCGGUCGGCCACUUCCUCGUCACCUUCGCGGUCCUCGCGACCCUCGCCCACCGCCACCUCUUCCCCCGCCUCGCCGCCGUCCACGAGAGCCACGACGGCCACGACAACCUCCUCCCCCCCCACGCGCCCGCGACCCUCCGCCAAGCCCACGCCGAACAUGGCCGCAAGACCCUGCGCCGCCGCGCCGCGGCCCUCGCCUUCAGCGCCACCGUCGCCCUGGCCGCCGUCCUGGCCGAGCUGAUCCUCUGCGAGGUGGCCGGCCUGGUGCACCCGCGCGCCCGCGCCCUGGGGCUCGCCGUCGUCAUACCCGCGCUCCUGGUCCUGCUGGUCGGGGUGGUCCCCUUCCUCGAGAUCCAAAGCGUCGUCUCCGGUCUCGGGUACCGGUUUCAGCGCACUGCGAAGGGGAACAUGCCGCGUCUGCCCUGGGCGGUGCAGCUCGUGGCCUUUGCGGGGUGGUUGGCUCUUUUCUGGAGCCUGGGGCUGCUCGUCCCGCGGGAUACGGAGCCUCACGCUGUCGCGGCGGCGGCGGCGAGGAGGAGGAGGUCGUACUGGGGCGGCCUCGCGGCCAGCAAGCCCGUCGAGGAGGAGGAGUGGGAGGAGACGGGUCUCACGAGGGCGUGUCUCGAGAGGAUCGGGGUGGUGGGGAUCCUGCUCAUGGCGAUGCUGAGCGGCUUCGCGGCCGUGUCGAGCCCGUGGCACACGCUCCUGUCGGCGGCGGAACGCAAGAAGAGACCCAUCACCGAGGCGGACGUGGCAAGGAAGGAGGCCGGGCUCGACGCCGCUGGCGAGAUGUUGCUGACGAAACGGCGCCGGUUGCAGGCGCUGGAGCGCAAGUCUUCGACGACGCGGUCGCGCCCUGCUGCUUCUUCUGCCGGUGGUGGUGGCGGCGGCGGUCUCGUGGGCAAGAUGCUCGGGGCGGUCAGGGGCGUAAUGAGCGGCGACGAGGCCGAGAUGCGCGCGUUGCGGGUGGAGAUCGCCGGGCUGGAGACGAUGCAGGCCAACCUCGGUGCCCAGCUCGGGGUGAUGCGGUCGAAGCAAGCGGCCACGGCGCGCGCGGGGACGCGGCUGGGCCGGUGCCUGGCGGUGCCGCGGUGGCUGUUUAGCUUCUACUGCGUGUACCGCGUGGCGGCGACGGCGCUGACGACGGUGCGGCGCGCGUACGGCUACGGCUACCACCCUUCGUCGUCGCCGGCGUUCAGCUCGUCCGACCCGAUCAGCCGGUUUCUGGGCCUGCUGGCGCGGCACUGGGACCCGCAGCUGGACCAGACGGCGUGGGCGCGGCAGAUUUCUUUCCUCUUGUCGGGGGUGAUGUUGGCGGCGUCGGCGAACUCGGCGACCCAGACUUUCCAUUUGUUUUCGAGGUGGGCGCCCGGGCUGCGGUACCAGGCGCAGGCGAACCUGGCGCUGUUGACGGGGCAGGUGGCGGCGGUGUAUGUGGUGAGCGCGGCGCUGUUGUUGAGGAGCAGCUUGCCAAGGGAGGUGGGGUGGGCGGUGGGGGAUGCGCUGCGGAGUGCGCUGGACCCGUGGUUUGUGGAUCGGUGGUUUGAGGGGUGGUUCCUCGUCAGCAGUGUGGCGACGGCGGUGGGCAUCUUUAUUGGGAGGAAGAUGGCUGUCGGGGGUGGGGAUGACUGGGAUGAUCUUGCUGGGGAGGAGAUGGGGCAGAAGAGGUGUUGAGAAGACCGUGGGGGGAGAGAGAGAGGAAGGGGACAAGGCAUUUGUCGUGAUCCUAUGCAUAGUUUGGUCUCGCUGGUCGGACCAUUCACCAGACGGUAUAUAUUUCAUUCUUAAUGAGACGGAUGAUGCAGUUGUCA